GCCACAGCGCGCUCCAUUCUUUGUGCCUGGGUGAGGAGGACCCUGGCUGGGCCCCGAGCAGGUAGCACAGUAAAAAGCUUGCUUCGGGGGACAACGUGGAACUGGUGCCUUAAGGCAUUCAUUGCAGGGAUGCCAAAGCGUGGAAAAAAGGAAGCCGUGGCCGAAGACGGGGAGGAACCCAAGACCGAGCCAGAGGCCAAGAAGAGUAAGGUGGGGGCAAAGAAAAAUGAGAAAGAGGCAGCGGGAGAGGGGCCAGCCCUUUACUCCGACCCUCCGGAUCAGAAAACAUCUCCCAGUGGCAAAGCUGCCACACUUAAGAUCUGCUCGUGGAAUGUGGAUGGUCUUCGAGCCUGGAUUAAGAAGAAAGGUUUAGAUUGGGUAAAGGAGGAAGCUCCAGAUAUCCUGUGCCUCCAAGAAACCAAGUGUUCGGAGAAAAAACUACCAGCUGAAUUGCAAGACCUGCCUGGACUAUCUCAUCAGUACUGGUCAGCGCCUUCGGACAAAGAAGGGUAUAGUGGCGUGGGUCUACUCUCUCGCCAGUGCCCGCUCAAAGUCUCCUACGGCAUUGGUGAAGAGGAGCAUGAUCAGGAAGGCCGGGUGAUCAUAGCUGAAUAUGACGAGUUUGUGCUGGUAACAGCCUAUGUACCUAAUGCAGGCCGGGGUCUGGUGCGACUGGAGUACCGGCAGCGCUGGGAUGAAGCCUUCCGCAAAUUCCUGAAGGACUUGGCUGCCCGCAAGCCCCUAGUGCUAUGUGGCGACCUCAACGUGGCCCACGAAGAGAUUGACCUUCGCAACCCAAAAGGCAACAAAAAGAAUGCUGGCUUUACUCCACAGGAGCGCCAAGGCUUUGGGGAAUUGCUGCAGGCUGUGCCGUUGGCCGACAGCUUCCGCCACCUCUACCCAGAUGUGGCCUAUGCUUAUACCUUUUGGACCUACAUGAUGAAUGCUCGAUCCAAGAAUGUUGGUUGGCGUCUUGAUUAUUUUUUGUUGUCUCAUUCUCUGUUACCUGCGCUAUGUGACAGCAAGAUCCGUUCCAAGGCCUUAGGCAGCGAUCACUGUCCUAUCACCCUACUCCUAGCACUGUGACACCUCUCCCACGUCACUUGGGCCUGGAAAAAGAGCCCCCAAAACUCAAGUGUUUCUUCUUUACGUAUUUCUCUUGAGAAAUCUGCAUUCUAGAUGCCUUUUACAAUUUUAUGUGAACCCUCCAAACAGGCUCUAGUGACGGAUUUUGGUUUCCCUCAUGGCCUUUUAAGGCUGUGGUUCUUAUUUUGUGGAGGGUUUGGGUUUUACAUUAGACAAAAGUUACUGAUGACUUCCUUUGACCGUCUAUAUGAAAAUAAAAGCCAUAGUUUCA